UAGCGGACGAGCGCGGUAACCUCGCUCCCUGCUAAUCUGAAAAGGGACUCUCUUCGUAGGCUGUAUUAUGUAGCUAGCGUGCUAUUGCAGGACCACGGAUGUUUACUGUGCAUUCGUGCGUAGCUACUUGCUGCACGGAUUACAAACCAAAAUAGGUUAGGCUAAUGAUACAUUAGCUACAAACAGUUGCUUGCACUAAUCCCCAGAGAAGGGUUAACGUAACGGAAGUAGCUCGUUUUUAGGUAGCUAACGUAAUUACAAUACAACGUUUAUUGAUUAGCCAGCAACUUCAGCUACUAGCAAUGUGGAUGCUUUGUAAAAUUAUCCAGCGAUGGUCAACUAAGUGAGAAUAUUACUAGCAGAAAGGAAAGGGGGGAAAUAUAGAAACGUUACCAGUGAUGUGUUCGCUUGCCAAAGCUAACCGUGUGAAGAAAAAGCAUUAGAAGUCAACAUUCCAAAGGUUUCUCUUGCUGGACUUCCUACGUCGGACAUUGAAUAGAUUCCACAGGUAACGCGCACUAUCGACGUUUUAUGAAAAAAUAGCCUAGCCUUAGGUAUGGUUUCCAUGGCUACGCUUAACAUUUUCGCUCAGUUUGUCUCUUGGAGAGGGUUGGAAACCUGCUAGAAUUUAGGCAGGGUAGCUCAACGCUGUCAACCUGUAGCGCAUGGAGGACAAUCGUUUCUGAACUAAUUUACAGUACUUAGAUGUCAAAAUACAUUUUUGAUUCAGGAGACAAGCGUAUUUCAUAGUCCAACGACGUGAAAUUGGUUUAAGCUAUGUUGACAUGUUCUCUACAAAACUCACAUGUUUACCUCCGUUUGUUAGUUCUUUGUAGCUAAAAGGUACCAAGACAAUAUUAGCAUAUCAAGUAGUUACGUAUCUGUCAAACUGCUAAAAUCCUAUUAACGCGCAUUUGUCCAGUUAUCGGCGUGGAGACAAUGGGCUAUACUACGUGGUGCGGUAAGGUAACUCUUCUGGGACAGCAUUCAAGUGUUUGUCAAUCGGGCUUUUGUUAAAAAACCCGAAAACGAAAAGGCAGAAUAUUAUAAAUAGUUUAAUCAGAGGUAACUUGUUUGUAUUAUUGCAUUUAAAUCGUAACAUUAGACUUGACAACGUUUGCAGUUUCUCGAUCAAUACCCUAUCUAAGGGGUUUCGUGACACCUCACGAACCCCGGUGCUGAAAAGCAAGGGAACAUUCAUGUCUAUUAUUUCGUCCUAGUAGUACAUCAGUAAUUUAUUUUACAUUUUGAAACAUUUAAAGACUUGUAAAACAACAUGCUUACAGAUAUGUUGCCUUGAGUGUGUGUUAAGGUCAGUGCUUUUUCCUGGAAAUGUCUGUAUUCUAACUAUAAUGACAUUUUAUUAAUUAUUUUUAACGGUAAUGUGAUAUUUUGUGAAAGACACCAGAGUGCUGGGUCCUGGUGUUUGGCAUGGCUCAGAUUUUUUGGAAACAUCAAGGGUCCAAGAAUGGGAAGGUUUUUGGAUGUGGUCAGGAAGGAAAGUUUGGACGAAGCAGAAGCACAGACAUUUCCUGUGAUUAAGAACCAAGAACCGUUGACUUCUAGACAACAGCCGCCUGGACACGUAGCUUCUUGUUCACCAAGUCUCUGCACAAGGUGAAAAAACCCUACUGUGGACUCUCUUCCACCCCACCCUGAGGUGGCUAUUCAGGGUGAAGAAGUGAUAAUGAUAUCUGGAAAUUUGGAAACCGAAAUAACUUUGUAGUGUGCCCGGGCCUCAUGGCUCGGUCGUUUAGCAGGCUCCAGCAGCUAGAGCAGGGCAUGCUGGGGCUCAGUGCACAGUGCCAAGUGUUGCGGAGUCCGCUGACAGGCCAGCUGCAGAGCUGUGUCAGGGGGCUCUCUACCGAGGGCAGUUUCUACCACCACCCUCGAAGCGCUGCCCUCAGCCAACACUAUGGGCAGCUGCAGGGCCUGCUGGAGCAGCGCGCACAACUCCUCUUUCUCCAUGAGUAUGCACGGUGUACCAGAGUCGCCAUGCUCUAUGUCAACAAACUGACCAGUUUGUUGGAGCGUGAGCUAGGUUUAUUGACGAACAGGAGUCGAGUUUUGGAGCGACCAAACUCUGCCUGGUGCUUCGGGAUGGAAGCAACAUGCCAGGAACUGCGUGUCCAUGUGAGCCAUUGGGAGUCUCUAUGUGCCAAAGCCCGCUCCGACGUCUGGCUGAGAACAACUCUGUUCCAGAGGACGGAGACCCUCGCUGUCAUGCGGCGGACACUGAGGGUGCUGGGCCUACAGGCCCUGGUACUGAUGGAGCAGUGUAUCUAUACAGCCCUCUCAGCUCUGGCUUCAGCCCAGCUAGCGAGGGUGCCUCGAGAUGCCUUAGAAGACCUCCUGGCUGGGGUUGAAGUCUUUAACCAGGUGCUGGAAGAGCAGAGAGUCAAGCGGGGAGACUCUCGGUGGAGAACUCAGACCCUGCUGCUGUCCGACUGGUAUGGGCCAUCUAGGAUGCAGGCCGCCAGGGGCAGUACCUUCCCGGCGCCGCUCCCGGUGGUUGAACUGAUGAGAAUAAUGUCAGAGCACAGGGGGCAAAUUGCAGCAGAGCAGCUUUACCAAUGGGCUUCCCAACAGAGUUGCCUCUAUUCCCAGGCCCUGCACAGUGGAGCCCAAGCUCCUACAUGGGAGGAACUGGAACUCCUUUUCCCCCUGCUUCCCCCUCUACAUCCCUCAGAGCCCGGUCCUGAUGGGCCUUCACUGGAGAGCUCCCCACGGGCUACCUCAUAUGAAUCUGGGACAGGACAGCCUUUUUCUCGGUCUUGUGAUUCUCCCUUCACAGCCUUUAUCCGUCAGGACACAAAGACUCUGGAGAUUCUCUUCCAGGCCCUGGUGUCUGCCACUGACAUGCUGGCUCCGCACAUCGCCAACAGACCUAUGGCGGAGCGGACCCACACGCCAGAGUAUUCUCCCAGGGGUUGUGAGGCAGGGUCCUCGCCCACAGACGAAGCCAGGCUGGAGAUGAAGAGACCCAAGUCAGUCCAGUGGCUGGACGUAGGCCAGUCUGGGGCCUGUGUGGAACUCUUUGGUCGUUACAGGACUAUGCUCUGGAGGGAGUUUGGCCAAGCCCUCAUCCAUCGCUUCCACCAUCCACCGCGGAGAAGCUCUCUGGGUAGUGUUAACCAGUGGAGUGACCAGAUGGUUCUCCAGUUGGUCAAGUGGCUGAAUCACAACUGUAGAGCAGAGGUCUUCCCGGAGGAGUGUCGAGGCGUGGUUGAUGACUUUACCUUACAGCUCCUGUCUAACGCUGUCUUCAGGCACUGGGAUGAAGGAGUUGAUCAGGAGAACUGUAUGGUUAUGACUGGUACCAUGGGACACCUCUCACAGCUCUUUCCUCCACUGGUCACAGUGCUCCGGUGUCUUCACACUUCAGCCCAUUCUGCUCAAGGUGACUGUAAUGCACGGGCGAUGACAUCCCUUCGAUUAGGCUCAUAUUGCAGGGCGGUAGCAUCUGUUCAAACCUCCACCUUCUGGGUCAUGAGCAAGGCCUACCAGUUCCUGUCCUCCUGGUCCCUCAACAAGUUCCUGCUCAUCACCUUAGGUGACCUUAAGGUGUUAAGGGCGUCAGUGGAGAGGCUGCUGCGGCAUGUGGAGACCGUGAGUGUGGUUGGAAAUCAUCAUCUCCUCAAGCAGCAGGCUGCACAGCUUACCCAGGGAGUCAUGGACCUACAGGUAUUCUCUGAACGGGUGCUAAGAAUAUUCUCCAUGGACUGUAAGAGAAUGUCUGAGGAAAUCUUUGAGCAGACAAUGCCCUCAGCGAAACACUGGAGAGUGAACUAUAAAACAGAGUUCCCCAGCUGUCCCAGUGACUAUGCUGCCUCUGCUGCUCAGAGUGUCAUAGGCCAGGUUCUGGAAGGGGUUCAGCCUCUGCCUAAGGAGGCCUGGGCCCCGGCCCUGACUGAGGCCAUGACAGCAUUCAUGGAGGCUUGGAUGGAGCACAUCCUCAAGCAGAAGAUCAAGUUCAGUAUCCAAGGGGCACUGCAGCUGAAGCAAGAUUUUGACCUGAUUCGGGACCUCAUCCGCUCUGAGGAGUACAGCCUGUCAGAAGAGAUUCACCAGAGGUUGCUGUCUCUCCGGGUCUUCCACCAGGUCGACAAUGCCAUUGUGUGCCUGCUGCAGCAGCCAGUUUCGAAGCCCUACAUGCCCUCGCGAGGCUGGGAGCCCUUCAGACGCUGUUGUCCAAGUAGUGCCGAUGUAGUGGACCAAUCAUCGAGCAGUCAGAAUACCUUUGAGAGCAUGGACCUUCAGGCUGCAUGUCAACAGGCCCUGGCCCAGGCAGAGGGCUCCAUGACCCCAGAGCUCUUGGCUUCCACCCCGCAAGAGUCGUACCUGGCUGUGGCACAGCAGGAGUGGCUGGACCUACGCAUCCACAAUGGCAAUCGCUGGAAGCUUCCUGGGCUACAGUGUCUGACCAGGUCAGAGCCCUAGCCCUAAGGUAUUCAAUCCAGAGACCCAUUCCUAACCAGACGACAAACUGAACUGGCAGCCAUUUUGCUCUUUGAAGAAAUAAAGUAGUCAGUGCAUUAACACCAACAACAUGCUGGACAGUGACUUAGUUUAUUCGGUUAUAAAGUUAUUAGAAACAUUUGGAUGCAACAUUUCCUAGGGCUUCAUCUGAACUAAAGCAAAGCCAUUUCAAUACUGACAAGUGUUGACAAAUUGUUAUUAGCUACUAAAUGUACAAAGUAUUUAUUUUCCAUUUUAUUUUUUCAAAAUUGUAUGCCUAUGUUCUUUAAAAUGUUUUGAGUAUCUAUGCUAAUUCAAGAAAUGGAAAGUAAAGUUAUAAUUUUUUAAGUA